AAAAGGUGCACAAGUUUUGUUUGGGGAUGAAACUUGAAUUUUCCCAAUAUGCGUCUGCUUGUAAACAAACUAUUUGUUGCCUAAUCGUCAGAUGCACUGCGAGGCUGCUUAUGUAAGCCUUGCACAAACCCCGACUAUAACACUUCAUCCCAUGCUCAUCGCUGUUCUCGCUGCCGCGCCUCAAGGCGAAGCCGCCGAGGAUAGGGGUCCCACUCGCCCCUUCGUGUCACAGGGCCCAGCGAAAACGGUCCUUCGAGGGGGCGUCAGGGCCCUGGUGGUCGCUGUGAGCCUGAGUCCUUCAGUCCAGUACGUCUCUGCACUGGGUCUUCUUUCUUCCACCAAAACUUGGGGGGGGGAAGUUCUGGGAAGCCCUCUGGGGUGCGGGAUAAGCGGGCCUUUGGAAGGAGUUGGAAGGGCCUACUCUCCCCACUGCCAUGGCGCCUCAGGUUAUCUAGGCCGAAGCCCCUAUUUUGGUGUCCUUUCUCCACCAGUUGCUUACGUCUUCAGCAACAAAACUUAUUAUGGUUUACUGCGAACUACACCAGACAAACCCCUGUUCCAUACUGCGUUUCCACUACAAUGCGCUCUGCUGCUUCGCUUGGGAACAACUUAACAAUUAAGGAAUUCCCCCUUCCGGGCCUUAUAAUGGAGCGCUCAUAUCUUAUCUAAUACAUUUGUUCAUAGUGACUUUCACUCAAGAAAAUUUGGGAGUGAUGUGACAUGCUCCAA